CUUUCCUUCCGUGCUCUCUAUAAACUCAUCCAUUUUACUGAACUAGGGCACAGCCGGCGGAUUAUUUGUGAAACCACAGAAGCGUGGCAUUUUCAUGAUUUUAUAGGAAAGUUUGAACUCGCCCUUCUGCUCUUUUUUCGAAUUUGACUCACUCGUUCUCAGCCUCCCUCUCUCUCUCUCCAUUCGGAAAGCGAUCGUCGAAAAGAGCAGAAGAAUGGUGGCACCAAAGGGCAGAGCAGUCGGCGGAUUCCGAAUCCUAGAUGAGUCUAAGACAUCCAAGAAAGAACGAAAUAUCAAGGGGCAAGGAAGUGAACGUGUAAGAACAGAGAGCUUUGUAUCCAUGGCUAAGCCCCCCAGGGAUGCGCUUGGAAGGGUUUCACUGCCACGGAAUCCUAUGCUGGUUAAUGCUUCUACAAAGUCCAUUGAUCAAACUGAUACAGAAAAUGACAAGGGGAGGAUGAAGAAUGGAAGGAAAGCUUUGGCUGACAUUGGCAAUAUAAACAGCGGAAGGAUCCAACAAUACUCAAAUCAGUUAAGCUAUAAACCAAAAAUUCUAAGCUGGAGGGACAAAUUUGAAGGAUCCAAGAAACCAUCAUUGGACAAAAGUAAUGUCUACCGAGGUUAUGGAAGGUUUUCAUUGGCUAGAGGCAUCAUGGUUGCUGAUGUGUCAUCAACUAUGUCCCCGAGAGGGAAUCCCAAAAGUUCUGCACAGAUUUCUGGGAGGCUCAAAUUACCUACAAGGAGAAAAACGGUGGGUGAAGCACGUGUUUCUAAGGAUAAUCAAAUUGAGGGCCCAGAUAUUGAUUCUAAAGUAAGAAAGAUUCAUGCUGGAAAACUCCCUCAAACAAGGUUAGUAGUAGGAGCUCAAAAGGUUAAUAAAAAAGCUUCUACAACAAGAAAACCUGCUGUGAGUACUGCCAAACUUCGAAGAGCUGUUAUGGCAAGAAAAACAUCUAUUACUAACAAGUUCGAAACAAAUGGAAAUUCAAAAAACAAGGAGCUUGAAGAACCAGGCACAUACAACAUUCAUGAAAAUUCAAUUGUUUCACAAGAACUUGCUUCUUACUCUAAUGGUAGCAACUACAUGAAUGAUACGGCGAGCAAGACAUCUAUUUCAGGAUUCAAGAGCAACCGCCGAAAAUCUUAUACAUUGUCAUUAGUGAUAAGGAGAGGUUGUGAUAGUCUGAUGAAAAAUGAUUUGCUCGCAAAUAUUGAUGAUAUCACCAACCCACUGGAGGUAGUUGAUUAUGUUGAUGGCAUCUAUCAGUAUUAUUGGACAAUGGAGGAAGAACGCCCUUCUUUAGCAAACUUCAUGGACAUACAAUCAGAUAUCACUUCUAAGAUGCGAAGCAUACUGGUCAACUGGUUAAUUGAAGUACACCACAAGUAUCAACUGAUGGAAGAAUCUCUUUUCCUCAUGAUAGAGCUGCUUGACAGAUUACUUUCGAUUGUUAAUAUAAAAAAGAAUGAAUUGCAAUUAUUUGGUCUUGCUACGCUUCUGCUGGCCUCUAAAUAUGAAGACUAUUGGCAUCCAAAGGUUGCUGAACUGAUCAGCUUAUCUAUAAAUCAAUAUACAAGGGAUGAAAUGCUUGGGAUGGAGAUUUUUAUAUUGAAAAAGCUGAAGUUUCGUCUAAAUGUACCAACUCCAUAUGUCUUCAUGUUAAGAUUCCUGAGAGCUGCACAGUCUGACAAAAAGCUUGAAGAUCUGGCUUUCUACCUGAUUGAACUUUGUCUUGUGGAAAACGAAUCUUUGAAGUACAAACCAUCCUUGCUUUGUGCAUCUGCAAUAUUUGUUGCACGCUCCAACCUGAAGCUAAACCCACCCUGGACCAGAUUACUUAGCAAACAUUCUCACUACGAGAAGUCUCAACUAAGGAAUUGUGCGGAGAUGAUCUUGAAAUUUCAGAAAGCAGCAUGUCUCAAGCCUGUGAAGUAUACAUAUCAAAAGUACCUGAAACCUGAUCGAAGUUGUGUUGCUUCAAUUAAACCGAUUAAUAUACUUCCUUAAUCAUUCCAGACUUUAUAAUUGGGUUGCAGUAUUGGUAGCUGCAAUUGUUUCAUGAAAAGAAGCCUCAGCGAAGGUUGAAUUGGCAUUUGCCUCAUUUUUAAUAGGCCAUUUUGUCUCCCAGAAUUUGAUAGAAUCAGAAAGGAUAACUACUUUAUACAAUAAUUGUUUUUCUAACCAUUUUAUAUAGAUAUAUGUUGUAUAGCUCUUUUUACUACUUUUCAAAUGUGAAGAGAUUGCAGAAUUAGUAUAUAGCUGCUUAAUUGGAUGAAUGGAUCUUAUGAAAACUUUUAUCA